AUGAGUGCGCCGGUGCCGUACUUCUCAACUGACGCUGCGGCGCGUCAGAAUCUCUUUUUGUCGGCGCCGCCUGUACCCCCGGUCCCGCCGACCACGCUGUGCCCAUCCAGCUCCAAGGCUGCGGCGUCUCCUGGCGCGUCGGUCGCCGCUCUUCCGGGAAGGACUGAAGACGCAGACGCGGCUGCCAUUCUCCAGCUGCAUCUUCAGCUGAGCCAACAACUUCAGCGGUCUCCAGUGACCGAGGGAGACAUUUUUCGAGCGCUGAAGAAGCUUGCUCGCAACUCUGGCGGUGGGCCUUCCGGCGGGAACGGCAAUCCGAGCGGAACCUCGGGGGGUUCGUCGCCCGCGUUUCUGGAGCCUGUGCCGCAAAGCGGAGGCUCGACAGAAGGCGACUACCCUCCGCCACCCCCUUCUCAGGAGAUGUACACGCACAUGCGUUCUGGAAGCAGCCACAGUGUCCGGGGCGCCGACGGUAAGCGUGGAGCGUCCUCGGCGAGCCGCGGAAACGGGCACCUCUCUCAGUCAGGUGUAUUUGGAGGCAGUGGACUUGCGGGACUUGGUUCCGUGGCGCCCGCGUCUUCCCACGGCCUUUCUUCGUUGAGCUUCCAGGGCCCGCCUGAGGGGACAGGAACGCCUCGCGGCGCCGGCGGCUGGCGAUGCCGCUAUUGCUCGACGCUGAAUGCCGGCUGUCUCCCGGGUCGGUGCGUGUGCUGUGGAAAGAUGCAGAGCCAGAAGCGCGGAAAUGCGCAGAAGGCCAGUGCGUCUCAGGUUCUGGGCCAGGGCACACAUGGCACGUGCUCGGUGCAAAAUCUCCAGAUCCAGCAGCUGCGACGGGACGUGCUCCUCGCCGCUGUGACGGCGGCUGCAGCGGCGGCGGAGAAAAGGGUCGAGGACAAGAAGGAAGCGAAGCGGGCGGCUGCAGCAGUUUCGGCGGUAGCUACGGCCAUGGCGGAGUCGCGGCAGCAGCUGCUGCUUUCGGAGAACCCUCCGACUUCGCCGUACUUUUCUGGAGGCAGGGUGGCUGGGAACUCCCGCGCCGGCCUCGCCUCCGACUCGGGGUCGACCGGAAAUCUCUACGAGGAUCCAGCUGCGGCGGCAGUGGCGGCCGCCUCCCUUUUGCCUGGCCUGCUCGGCAGCCUCGAGGCGAGUUCUGGAGGGAACGGGGGGACUCCAAGUGGAAGUGUGCAGUCCCCGUCCACGAGUCUGACGUCCAUCGAGGACGGGGUCAUGGGCCGAGCGCACCCUGCGUCGCCGGGCGUCGUGGGAGCGAGCCUUUUUCCCUCGCUCGCUGCCUCGGCUUCCUUCGACGGCGACGGCGCGCCGAACGCCUGCGUUGGCCGUUCCGCGGGUCUCAUUCCCGACUUGGGUGCGCUGGGGACGGGCCUGGGGAGUUUGAAAGGCAAACGAAAUCUACUCUCCAGCUUCGACGACCAGUCGACUCCAGGCCAAAACUUCCUCGGAGACUCCAGUUCUACAGGUUUAAGGCAGAGCGUCGGCAACUUAGCUGACGGGGGGAGCAGCACGCCGGGCACUUACUCUCUGCUCCAGGACCCGAACGCGUACGGCGUCGACCUGACUGUCUUUCAGGAGCUCGCCAGCGCGCCGCAGUCCACGUUCUUCACAGACGAUGUAACGCCCGUCGACAGUCUCUCGCUUGUGAGUGACUGCCGAAGCCCGUCCGGCGCCACGCCUUCGUCGAUUGUGAGCGGCCGCAGCAGUUUUUGCCAUUCGGGCAUCGCCGGCGGCGUCGCCACCCCCGGCAGCAGAGGCCGAGACAGCAACGGCAACUCGAGCACAAACGGCGGCAGCCCCACCACGGGGACGAACGGCCUGAGCAGUCGCUCGAAUGGCGGGGCCAGGCUGCUGGCGACUGGGCCCGUGGGGGCAGGAGGCGGGAGUCCUCCAAAUCGCGAGUCGCCGCCGGGGAUGGUGGACCUGACUCCUGGCAAUGGAUUGACCGUUGCAGCUGCCGACUCAAAGGAGGGAAAGAACGGUGGACACCGAUUCCCAGACGGAGCAGGGAGAGCGCGAAACAGCAGUGUGAGAUGUGACCCGAAACGGAUGGACGUGUCCACGUUUCCAGGUCAUGCGCCUCUCCCCGUCGGGAACGGUCCGGAAACUUCCGGCGGCGCCUCCACUUCUUCCUUCAAUGCACUUACUCCGAGCACCCAGAGCUCGCUCCCUCAACACCUACAAGCCUUGCAGCAUCCGGCCGGCUCGUCCCUGCUUCAGAUGAAAGGCGACACGAGCACAAGCAGCUGCGCAAGCUUCCUGCGCGCUGCGUCGUCCUCGCCUUCGGUCAUGGUGGGAGAGGAGGAGUCUCCCGUCAGCGCUCUCCUCGAGGGUCUGGGGCUCUCGUCCACUGCGAAUUCGGCCGGCAUCGACGCGCUGCUUCCUUCUGUCCUCUCUCCCAUUCAGGUUCUUCUUUUAAAGGCAAAGGAGGUUGCUGACCGCCUCGUAGGUGACUUCACAGUGCUGGGGUACAACGACCCAACAGCGAAAGCUGCGGAGGCUCUUCGCACAUCCCUCGCCAUUCUCGGCUUCGCGCCGCCCCCGCAAGGCGUCGGCAGUCCUGAGGACGAUUUACCUGGAUCCGCGGGGUUGCGGGGAAACAGCGGACCUGGCGGAAAAGGCAAGCAAAACGACGCCGGUCCAGGGAAGGACAGCGACGAUGACAAGAAACCGAAGAAUGCGAACUGGACACAGGGCAUUGGAGGCCCGCACUUUUCGGCGCCGACAAUGCUGGCCCAUCCUGACGAGUUCAAGAAUCCCAGCAGCUUCCUGAAGAUCUACGGCGAUCCAAUGUGUGCCGUCGUAGAUGCGUCGAUGCCUCAAGCCGGCAGGCAGACCGGCCCUGGAGGCCGCGCACUCCCUGGAUUCUCUGGACGAGUCGACGGGGCCUCAGCGCUCGCAGGCGGGUCAACUGGCAAUCUCCCCAUUCGUGGCCACAACGGCAACUGGGUGUGUGAAAGCUGCUCGAAUGUCAACUUCCCACGGCGAUUCCGAUGCAACAAGUGCGGAGCUGUGCGUGGCCCUCAGGGGGAUGCGAUCGUCGCGGAAUAUGCCAAGCUGGUGUAUCACCAGCAUGUCAAGACGUACAGAACUCUCGCCUCGCGACCUGGCGUGGACCUGCCUCUGAAGCGUCUCCAGAACGGGAGCAGCAACCCCGGCAACGCAGGCACGUCGCCUGCACUGCAAAAGGGGGCUGGCGGGGGCCAAGGUUUAAACAGGCUCGGCGGCGGAACCGUCUCCGCUUUCUCGGCCGUGCCUGGAAGCGCGAGCAACGCUCAGGGCCAUGACGGGGCCUUCAGCCUAAAUAGAAACGUCGGGGGCUCUGGACACGGCGUUUCGUCUGCGACUCGGGGUUUGGCAUCUGCAGAUACCGCAGGGUUGAAUGUGUCGGGUGUACAGGGACAAGUCGUCGGCAGCCAGGUAACGCUGCCUGCUGUUGACCCUCGAAGACCUGCCAUUCCCCAGCCUCCGAGCACCACUCCAAGCAACGUGCAAACUGGAGGCAUUCACGCGGACGCCCUUCGACCGGGAGUGAAUUUCGCUGCGAGCGGACCGGCGCGCUGUGGCCCCACGGGAGUGCCUGCGCCGCCUCCGCCCACGCCCCAGCCUCCUCCUGUGCAUCCAAGUGUCCGUGCACCAGCAAAGCAAGACGUGACGGGGGGGAAGCCGCUGGCGGGCGCCAGAGGCGCCUCCGGCGUCCUGAGGUCAGUGAACGUGGACGAAAAGAAGGGAGCGAAAAAGCUCUCUAUUUCCGACAGGGGUGUGACGCAGGCCACGUGCCCGGAAACCGGUACCGGCAAGGAAGAGAAGCUUGGGAAUGGAGACCGAAAGAGAGAGGUCUGUGACGUGGACGCCGCGGAAGGUCGGACCCAAGCAGGCAAUGAAUCCGCAGCGUCGGCCGGAGGCGGCAACCAUGUAACAGUUAGUGGCAAACCGUCCGUCACAUCCACGACUUCUGGUCCUCUUUCGUCUGUCUCCUCGCCACGAGCAGACGACGUCAGCUCUCCUGUCAGCUCGGGCGACGACAGCGAAGCGACGCCAUGA